AAGUGGAUAAGAAGAGUGGGUGUUCCGCGAUCGAUGAUGCUAUCGAUUUGUCCCCGGCUAUCGUCCUGCAUCAUUCCACGCAUUUCACGCAUAAUUCCUCGCAUUCCUCGCAUUCGUCGCAUUCCUCCCUCGCAACCACCAUGUCGGGCGACGCCGAAAAUUCUCCCAGCGCGGCGGAACAGUGCGCGGCGUCGCGCUCGGCAAUAAACUGCUCGAACUCAGUCUUCCCCGACGACCGCGUCACCUGCUGCGAAACGGCGCGCGCAUGCACCGAGCUCCAGGCCGCACUCAACGGCAGCUCCAUCACCUGCGGUGGCAGCAAGUUCUGCUUCUCGCAGUGGUCCGUCGCGUCCGGCUACUGCGUGCAGGAGCGCGAUGGCUACGUCGCCGAAGUAUACCCCCGGAUUCCCACGGAGGCUCCCCCGUCCGCCACGACAACGGGCCGCCCAGGAUCGGUCGCUACCGCUACCGUCACGACGACGCAAACCGCCGGUACGAACUCCCCCACAUCCUCCUCUUCCUCCGACGCGUCGACCGCGGCUGCGCCCACCACACCGGCUCAAGGCACGACGGGGGCCGCGGCGCUAAAUCCAUCCUCUGGGGCUACGGGACUAAAUCCAUCGUCGGUGCCAGGCUCGUCCAACAACGCCGUCAAGAUCGCAGUGCCAAUCGUUGUCGUACUACUACUCCUUCUGGGCGGCGGCCUCUUCCUGUUCUGGCGACGACGGAGAGCACGCCAGCAGCAGCAGCAGCAGCAGGGGUACCCGCACACGAACGAGCUCGAGAAGGCGCCUGGUGCUCAGGACAUCGCGGAGCUGCACGAGCAUUUUACUGCCGAGCUGGCAGUGCACUCGCCGCCCGUCGAGUUGCCGGCGGAGUACACGUGGAAUAUGGGUAAGAGUGUGGCGGCAGUCGAUGUCAAGCCUGCCACCGUGGCGUCGGCCGCGGUAACCCCCGAGCGGAUGUCGCUGGAGAAUUCGGUGCGGGAACCGGGAAUGAGUGUGCCCGUGUCUGGACUGGUGACGCCGCAGCGGAGAUCGCUGGAUGGUGGCCCGGCUAGCCCUGUCAGCCCCAUGAGCCCGCUGAGUAGUAUGGACAUGGCAUUUACCGCGCCCAGCACGCCGCUACGGGGGUCGCUUGAUGGUCCCGCGCGACCGAGGAGCUGAUGUGGGCGGGGGUAGGGGUGUGUUGGGCAUCUGCCGGAGCUCUGGGUUCGCGGGUAAAAGUUGCUUCGGUGUGUAUAAAUUAAUGGCGACUGUAU